AUGCAGCAGUACGACCUGCAAGGGCAGCCCUACGGCACACGGAAUGCAGUGCUCAACACGGAGGCGCGAACCAUCGAUGCAGAUGUGUUGAGCCGCCGCUGCGUGCUCAUGCGGUUGCUAGACUUCUCCUACGAGCAGUACCAGAAGGCUCUACGGCAGUUGGCUGGCGCCGUGGUCAUCAUCCUGCCACGGGCCAUGGCGGCCGUGCCCCAGGACGUCAUUCGGCAAUUCAUGGAGAUUGAGCCUGAGAUGCUGGCCAUGGAGACCAUUGUUCCUGUGUACUUCGCUGUGGAAGACGAGGCCCUGCUCUCCAUCUAUGAGCAGACUCAGGCUGCCUCUGCCUCCCAGGGCUCUGCCUCUGCUGCCGAAGUGCUGCUCCACACUGCCACUGCCAAUGGCUUCCAGAUGGUCACCAGCGGGGUCCAGAGCAAGGCCUUGAGUGACUGGCUCAUCACCAGUGUGGAGGGACGGCUGACGGGCCUGGGUGGAGAGGACCUUCCCACCAUCGUCAUUGUGGCUCACUACGAUGCCUUUGGAGUGGCUCCUUGGCUGUCACAUGGCGCGGACUCCAACGGGAGUGGCAUCUCCGUGCUGCUGGAGCUCGCCCGCCUCUUCUCCAGGCUAUACACCUACAAGCGCACCCAUGCUGCGUAUAAUCUCCUGUUCUUCGCGUCUGGAGGGGGCAAAUUUAACUACCAGGGGACCAAGCGCUGGUUAGAAGACAACCUGGACCACACAGAUUCCAGCCUGCUCCAGGACAAUGUGGCUUUCGUCCUCUGCCUGGACACCGUGGGCCGGGGGAAUAGCCUGCACCUGCACGUGUCCAAGCCGCCCAGGGAGGGGACGCUGCAGCACGCCUUCCUGCGGGAGCUGGAGAUGGUGGCUGCUCACCAGUUCCCGGAGGUGCGCUUCUCGAUGGUGCACAAGAAGAUCAACCUGGCAGAGGACAUCCUGGCCUGGGAGCACGAGCGCUUCGCCAUCCGCCGGCUGCCUGCCUUCACCCUGUCCCACCUGGAGAGCCACCGUGAUGGCCAGCGCAGCAGCAUUAUGGACGUGCGGUCCCGGGUUGACUCUAAAACCCUGACCCGCAACACAAGGCUCAUCGCAGAGGCCCUGACUCGAGUCAUCUACAACCUGACUGAGAAGGGGACGCCCCCGGACAUGCCUGUCUUCACAGAGCAGAUGCAGAUCCAGCAGGAACAGCUGGACUCGGUGAUGGACUGGCUCACCAACCAGCCCCGGGCUGCCCAGUUGGUGGACAAAGAUGGCACGUUCCUCAACACGCUGGAGCACUACCUGAGCCGCUACCUGAAGGAGGUGAAGCAGCACCACAUCAAGGCUGACAAACGGGACCCCGAGUUUGUCUUCUACGACCAGCUGAAGCAGGUGAUGAAUGCCUACAGGGUCAAACCAGCCAUUUUCGACCUGCUCCUGGCAGUCUGCAUCGGCGCCUACCUCGGCAUGGCCUAUACAGCGGUCCAGCACUUCGACCUCCUGUACAAAACAGUUCAGAGACUACUCCUGAAGGCCAAGACACAGUGACGAGGCCCUGCCAGCACCAUGGGCCCCUGCCUGCCGCCCUCACCACCACCCUUGGCCUGCAGGGGCUCACCGAAACCCCGAAUUACAGAGCUUUUCUGUGUUGCUCUUGAGGAUUUAGGGGGUUCUUUCUCUUGUUUGUCCUUCGAACUCCCUUGGAGGAGCAUUUGGUAGAGUUCUGGGGCCAGACCACGGACUUGGGAACAAGCGGUGGCUGAGCCUCUGGCCCGGGAGAUGGCCCUUCGGCCCUCAGGCGCUGAGCCGUGCUGUGAAAGGAAAUGUGUCCGGCACAGCCUUGGGGUCACUCCUGCUCGUGAUGCCGACCAUGGCUGGCACUGGCUCUGCAUUUGUCCUCCACGCCGUCUCCAUCCCCCUCAGUGUCCCGGAUGCUCUCUUCAUGUUGGUCUGAAGAGGGCAGCACCAGCCUCCGGGUCCCCAGCUUGUAGCUCAGCCUUGGAAGGUUAUGUCUCCUCCCUGGAGCCAGGGCUGAGGCACAUGUCUCCCAGAAGCCCCAUUGGGCCGUUGGUGCCCUGGAGACCUGGAGCCCCCCCCCCCCCACUCCAUUGCCCUCCUGCAGGGCCCCUGCGUUGUUCCCAUCACUGGGGCUUCUCUGGCCUCUGCUCCCUUUCACUGCGCCCUAGGGAAUGCCAGCAUCUCCCCAGGCGUCUUCUCUGUUGGCUCCUGGGCUCCCAACCCCUGGCUCCCAAAGGGAAACCGGGUGCCUUUGGAGGCCCCAGGCUCCAGAGGCAGUGCUCACGGAGGCCCUAGAGGAGGGGCCCUGGGCUGGAGGCUCUGGCCCCUCUGCGAACUCACUUCUUAGCCCAACUGAGCCAUUUCCUCAUCUGAAACGGAGGGUGUGAUGUGUCCUGGGGGAGUGAAAUCCAUGUUGGGGCCUGGUGGGGGCGUAGAGGCAGAGUGUUUGCUGGAGAAGAUGCGUCGGUGGGAUCCAGAGUGGGAAGGUGUGGGCUCUGCGAGCCUCAACCGAGCCCGCACUCCACAAACCAGGUGCCUCAUGGGCGUGAGCUUCUCUCGGUGGAGAGAAGGCUUCCAGCACGAUGGACCUCAGGGAGAUGCAGGUGUACCAAUUCAUGAGCAAUAUAAUCAAGCAAGUGUUAAAUGCUAAGGGGAGGGUCAUGACCGGGAAGGAGGGCCUCCAGGCUCGCCAUGGAGGUCUGAAGUGGUGUAAAGGGGCAAGAGGACGGCGCUCCCAUCCCCCACCCAGCCUGCUGUUGCCCCUUCCCCAAAGCCCGCCAGCAGGAGGGACUGACUGGGCUCUUCUGGGGGCUCUUGUCUGCCUCCACCUCAGUCUCCCACCUUUGCCAAAGCAGUCCCUGGGCACUUGCGGCUGUCCUGUCCUCAGCCUUCCGGGCCCCGGCUGUUGGCUAAGCCAGGUCUCGGGAGAGGUCAGCGUGGGGGCCACCCUGCCCGGAGGACCCACUGCCCCAAAGACUUCACCAAAUGCUUGACCACCUCUGGGGGCUCAUGCCACAAGAUGGGAAGUUGUAUGGGGUGGGAGGAGGGAAACUCAUCUUUCCCCACAUGUGACUGGUGGGUGCACCAUCUGGGAUUGCCCAGCUAGUGCCCUCCCUCCCCAGGGUGGCUCAGGCCACUGGCUGUUCAGAGCUCAGGCUGGAUGUGGGACGCAGUCGGAUGAUCAGAAAAUAAAGCCAUAUCGAACAUUCA